GGGGGAAGGGGGAAGGAGUGACGGUGUGAGUUAAGCCUAUUGUAGGUGAAGGGAGGCCUGCAUAUCCGAAUGUAUGGCGAGGGUGGUGCGCAGGGGAGAAGGAGUUGGCAUGAGACGAUAUCUGGUCUUGGACUGGUCUUGGCUGUCGUUCCUAUGGAUGAUAAUGGGUGGGGUAUCGGGCGGCGUUGUUGCACACGAUUCUGUAGGCAGGUCCGGACCCCUAAGCUAUAGUUUAAGCUUUGGGGGCAUUACUCCCAUCAUGUGGGAGAUGGCAUGGGCCACGGUGUGGAUAAGGUCAGGUCAGGCGCCGAGGGAAUUCUUAGCUUGCGCGAUGGAAAGGGGUACAUCUCGCUUGGGUUUUCUGGCUUUGUUCUUAUUCUCUUUGGGGCUGUGCGCGAGGCUUCAACACCAUGGAGUCGUACGAAUGGGGCUACAGGGUCAUCGGCCUUGCACUGUAGGGUCUUGUUUGCGGGUUUAUGGGCUCAACCCCGUCCAUCCCGUCCCUCUCCAGAAGAUCCAAAACCCUCUCCUACCAACAGUAACACCGUCAUACUCUGAGCCUCCGAUUAAGAUGGUCGUGGAGUGAUCCUACAAUAAAGGGUAUCGACCCCAUUCCAUGGUAUAUUUCCAUGGGCAAAGCGCAAGGCGGACGCCAAGAAUGCCUUGCCUGAUGCCUGCUACAUCUGGAAAUUCAGAGCCAUUUGUAAGCACCUAAUUCACGCAAGCAAGUAUGCGGCUCAAGGACCGGAGAUAUCUUGUAGAGAGACGAUAUUUUACGUCAUUGAGGGGUUAUCUUGGGGGAUACCGAGUCUGUGUGGCCAAGAGAUCGGGGUUCGGGGGUGUCAACUUCAUUGGCAUGCGCCG